UUUCUCGUAUAUAUCUUUCAUGAGAGAGAUAACACCCUGAGCAUCUGUUUCAAUCUGGAAAUCGAGGAAUCAAGCUUCAGGGGGUGUUUGGAACUGAUUCUGCUUCUGCUUCUUUUUUAAAAGAAGAAGCAGAAUCAGAAUCAGUUUUCAGAAGCUGGUACCCCCCAGCUUCUAAAAAAACUGAUUCUGAGAGUAAAUUAGAGCUCCAGAAGUGUUUCUGGAAUUUCACCCAAACACUCCAGCUUCUGCUUCUGCUCCCUGGAGCAGAAUCAAGAAUCAGAUCCAAACACCCCUCAAUAGUCAAUUCCGUCGCAUGUGAUACUGCUUUUAGCUCUGCCUCUUCACUGGAGCUUGCUUGGAUGAGAAAGGACGUAGCAGAAAUCAGUUCACCCUUCUGGUCUCUCAAUAUAGCACCACCUGAUGCUUUGUGAGGUCUGUUAAAAUCCUCUUUGCAUUUGUAUUAAGAAGCGCAAAACCAGACAUUAGGGGAGAUGAGUAGCGGCGCCCCAUUUCUUCCGAUUGAAAUCAUCUCCGAUGUUCUCAAGCGACUUGCGGUGAAAUCCCUAAUCCGAUUCCAAAGUGUGUGCUCUCUUUGGAGGAAUCUCAUCAAGAGCCCAUCUUUCAUUGCCAGCCACCUCGACUGCUCCACCGGAGAAGAUCCCUCUCUUAUUUUCAGACGGAGCUCCUACUCCGAUACCUCGAAUCUAUAUUGUCUCGACCGCGACAUGCAACUCUGCCAAGUUCAGGACAAUCCUUUUAUCUAUUCGUUCAAGUCCCUCAUGAUAUUGGGCUCCUGCAACGGCUUGCUCUGUGUUCGAAUCGAGGAGCUUGGUAAUGCACUGUCUCUUUACUUGUGGAAUCCUGCGACUAGAGAGGUUAUACAGGUGCCUAGAUACAGAACAAACAUGGAUAUAUGUUAUAUUCAUAGUUUGGGCUUUGCAUUCAUUCCAACUGUGAACGAUUACAAAAUUAGCAUAUCCUAUACGACGGGGGGUGAUGUGGUGGAAAAUGUAUUUCAAGUUUAUUCACUAUCCACGCAUGCAUGGAAGAAACUAGAAAUUGCUGUCUUAAAGGACAUGCGCUUGGUCAGUGAAUGCAUUAAUACUAAUGGGUCUAUGUUUUGGUUGGCAACAAAGAGUGGUUUGGCACCUCAUGGGGGAGAGAAUAACAAUGUCAUAAUUUCCUUGUGUUUAGCAAUGGACGAGGUCAGACUGAUAUCACCGCCUCCUUUAUCCAGGAACGAAGUUGCUAAGCUGACUUUGUAUGAGAACAAGCUUGCCGUAUUUCAUUAUUCUAGUGCUUUAAGCACAGGAAAUACUUUGAUCGAUUUGUGGGUCAUUGAGGAAGGCAUUGGUGGUUCUUGGAGUAAGAUAUUGACUUGUGGACCUUAUCCACACUUUGCAAUACCAUUGACCUUUUGGAGGAACCGGAUUGUCUGUGAUGUUUUUCCUAGAUAUUCAGUAGAGGGGAAUUAUGAGAUUGAUGCUACUGGUAGUUUUUUAUUUGAUCCCACUUCUAAUGAAGUCAAGGUCCUUUUUUCGGGUAAAUAUGGCAUUCUUCAUGCUGUUUUUAGAUAUGUCGAAAGCGUUGUACCCAUCAACAACAUCCACACUGCAAAGCAUUGAUUUUAAAGUUGAAGAAGAUAAAUGAGCUGGUUUCUCCUAGAAGUACAGGGAGUGCGGAAGAGUAAUAGGUUGCUCAUUGAUCGGAAGCUAUUGCGGUCAGAAGCAUAUGCAGCGGAAGCAGCGGAAGAAGACGGUGACACUUGGAUUAAAUUACCUAUGUAUUUCUAAACAGAACAUAGAAUGGGAAGAAGAUGAUGCGAGCAACUAGAGCCUGAGAGAUGGAUACUCCUCCAUCUUCGAAUUGAAAUCCGCUAGUGCGAAGCUUGAAUUACCGGCAUCCAACAUCGAUCUCCAGAGUUCCAGACAACUUCGAUGUAAAUGGAUUUAGG